UUUUGAAUGCAACCCGAAUAAAUCGUAGAGCAAGAGAUCUCUAAUAGAGUAUUCGAAAAUUCAUCAUAAUAUCUCUUUCAAGAAAAAACAGUGAUUCAAUAGACUCCAUCAGGGAAUAAUUUAUUUAUCGAAAUUUCAGACAAUAAGCAAACAAAAAUUGAUUUAAUCAAGGUUAUCGAAACUGAUAAGAAACAAGAAGAUGCGUAAAGAUAACAUAACCAAAAUUAAAAUCGAUCAACACCACCAUCAAUUCACGUUUUCGAACCUCAACUUACAUUAUAAAAUCAUAGUGCUCAUCAUCUAAUAGAUUCUACAGGUAAAACUUAUCUCCAGCAGAGAUUAUAUCAAUAAGCAGUGUAUAAUGGAGAGUUUCAUAGCUCAGAUAGAUCUUAAACUAAUUUUUAGUAAGCUAUAUCAAGAUUAUAGGAAUAACUUACUCAAUUAAUACAAAUCUAACUAAUUUUUCAAAAGAGAUAUCAAGUGGGUUUAUUUCUUGAUUCUGAUUAGUGUUUUCUAAACUGUCUUAUACUGUACAUAUAUUCUCAAUAACUAAGGAUAUGAGUAUUUGGGAAGGUGGAACAAAGGCAUUGAUUUGGAUGGUAAUAAUUCUAUCUAAAUUUUAGGCACACUUUGUGGUUACGGUAGAGCAGAAAGCUACCCCUUCAUUUAUUUGAAUAAUCCUAUGAAAGAGUACCUAUACCAAAGAGCGUGUGUAUCACAAUGUCCAGAUGACGAACAGAAGUAGGUGGAUUGCUUGAGUAACCAUUUAAUCAAGACAUGCAAUUCACUGAUAAACAUAUCAGAUCCAAACAAGGAUUUCAUAAUAUAUUCGACUUUCAGAUGUAGAUUGAUCCAUAUACAUAAUUUAGAUUAAUACAGUAUUUGUAUUCCGAAGACUAUGAAUUACUUUUAUUAGACUUCGGAAAUCUACAAUUUUGAAUUGAUUUAAUCAUGCAUCUCUGAUUUGUGGGUGAUGAGAUAUCCAGUGUUUGCAACAUAUUUGGUGACUAUAUUUCUAAAAGUGAUAUUGGACAAAUUGAUAAAGGUAAGAAUGUAAAAAAUAUAUGUUUCAUGUGUUUUACUGAUUCUGUUGAUCGGAAUUGCAGGAGUCUAUUUUUUUCAUAAGUUCAUCAAGUUGAUUAACAUAGGAUCCUUCGAUACGUAAAUUCAUUUUUAAUUAUUUAUAGACAAAUAGCUACCAUGACAGUGGAUUAUGCUUUUGUUUUGGAGCAUACAUCAAAACCAAAUCCAACAUUGGCUUUAUUGAUGUCAAUCAUUCUUGUGAUGGUUUUCUAUAUUAUGGCUUAUUUGUUUUAUAAGUUGAAUAAUGAAAUUAAACUAUUGUUUAUUGGAUUGAAAUUGAUGAGGAAAUUUCAAAAAUCAUAGAAGAUGGUCUAAGUUCUGAUAUUCACCAAUUUUCUAAAGUUUUUAAUGUUCAUAACAUACUUUUACACAUUCAUGGCUACAUUAGCUCCACCAAAUAUUGAUAAUCAUAAUCAAAUAUUUACGAAUGGUUUAUCCUUUACUCAAUAUUGCUUGGGCAUUUAUCUAAUAAUCUCACUGAGAUACUGUUAUUUUUUGAUUGAUAAUUUAUUGAGUUUCUUUACAAGUUCAUUGUUUUUGGAAUGGUAUGGAUUAGCAUUAAUUCAAUAGAAUGAAUUAGACUAAACACAAAACUUCAAAAUUCCUCAAAAGAAAACAUUAAUUUAUAAUUUGGGAAGUGUAGUAGCUUAAAGCUCAAUCAUUUUCUUCACAGAUUAUUUUGUUAAUGUUUGGAAUCUCUUUAGUAUGAUCAACAAGAGGCUAAAGUUGAAAUUAUACUUGCAGGAUUACAAUCACUAUUCUUCAUUGAAUCAAUUCUCCACUAUUGUAACACACUCAAUCCUAUAAUUAGCUUUCGCUUAAGAAUUGCACCUUUAAACAAGCCAUCGAGAUAGUCGAGUAGUUGAAUGGAAUGAUAUUGCCUGUGCAUCAGAAGAGGAUGAUUUAAAUGUCUCAAGUGUAUGGAUAGCUCAAUCAAUACUUCAUUAGUUUGCUUGCUACUAUGAUAAUUUAUGUUAUCUAGAGAUUGCUGUAUUCUGAUUAGUUGUUUUCCAUAUAUCCAGGAUUGGCCAUGGGAUUCGCCAUUGGUUUAUUUGUAUCUCAAACUCACUAUGUUGAAAUGCAAUCAGGGAUCUAGAGUCUGUUCCACAUCUAUUUCCUAGAUUAGGAACAAUCAUUGUUGUUGGGUAUUUUGACAUUCUUCAGAAGGAAGGAUAAAAAGAAAAUGAUCUCACACAUUGAAUAAUAAAUUAAGGACUUCAAGUAGUAGAUUGAAAAAUGA